AUGUGGAGCAAUCUUCCCUUUGAUCUCUUGGCAAACAUCUUCUCUUACUUCCCACCGGAAUCCUUGGCCCGGGCCAAAGCAACCUGCCGGAAUUGGCACGCCGUCGCCGAAGCUGCGGCCACUUUGGCAGUGCGCCGCCGCCAUCCGCCGUGGUUCGUAGCUUUGCCGGCGGGUGUUUCUUCUUGCUAUGCAUACAACCCAAUUGGAGACAAUUGGCAUUUGUUAUCUCUUGAUUGUAAUAUUAAGCCAAUUUCGACAAUUUGUGGCUUAAUUCUAUCGAAACUCACCGCCGCAACUUCGCUACAGCUGUCAGUAUGCAACCCCUUCACCGGACAAUUCAGAAACCUCCCGCCGUUAAAAAUGGCGAGAACCAAUCCGGCGGUGGGGACGGUGAGCGGGAGCAGCAGUUCGAGCUUCCAGAUUUACGUCGCCGGCGGAAUGUCCGCCGCGGCGACGAGCGGCGGCGCGGCCUACCAGCCGACGGUGGAAACCUACGAUUCGGUUUCCGACAGGUGGACCGUCGUCGGAGCUAUGCCGGCGGCGUUCGCCGUGCGGCUGACGGUGUGGACCCCCCGGGAGAGCGUGCACUCGAACGGGACGCUGUACUGGAUGACGUCAGCGCGAGCCUACAGCGUGGUGGGGUUCGAGAUCCCGACGGGGCGGUGGAAGGAGCUGCGCGUCCCGAUGGCGGAGCGGCUCGACUUCGCGGCGCUGGUGCCGAGGAACGGGAACCUGGCGGCGGUCGGCGGCGUCUGCGGCGGAGGAGAUGCGUCCGUGUGGGAGCUCGGGGAAGGCGAUGCGUGGUGCUUGGUGGAAACGGUGCCGUUUGAAUUGGGGAAGAGACUUUUGGGGGAGAAGAGAAAUUGGGCAAGUGUGAAGUGCGCCGCCAUUGAUGGGGCGGUUUGCUUGUACAGAGAUCUCGGAUCUGGAAUUGUAAUUUGGAGGGAGAUUUUUGGUGAAGGGAAGAAAUGGGAGUGGGAUUGGAUUGAAGGUUGUUGUUCGAUUAAAGGAAUCCAGAUUCGGAAUAUUCCGAUCAGUGGGUUUUUUAUUCGACCUAAUCUUGCUCGUUCCGCCUUCUGA